GUCGUUCAGUCAGUCAGUUUAGUCAUUUCACUAGUUGGAAAUUAAGUGUUGUUUUCGUUUUUACGAUUUGUUUAUUUAUUAGCAGAGUAUUUGCUUAUCGAACUUUUAAAAUUUAGUGAUAAAUAAAUAUUAUGUCUGAAAACGUGAAUAUAGAUUUGUCUGGAGAAAUCAGUGCUCCCACCGAAAAGAAAGGUUUUCAAAAGUAUGUGUAUGAUGUGGAACUAUUAAUGCAUCAUGUCCGCAGUGGGGCAGCUCCUGCCCUGCUGAUGGGCGCUAUUUCUACACGCAGACCAUGGACACAGUUUAUAGCCACUGAAAAUUUUAAGGUUCCAGCAUCUAUACCCAGACUGACUCGGCGAGUUUACAGGAAUGUUGAAUAUUUUCAAGCUAAUUAUUUAGUGGUGUUUCUAGGAUUAUUCGCUUAUUGUUUAAUUACUACACCAUUACUCCUAAUCGCUAUGGUGGCUAGUUUUUUCGGUUAUCGGAAAUUAACUUCAGGACCUAACACAUGGAAGAUCGGAGGUUGGGAGCUGACGAAAACCCAACAAUAUGGGGUAGCAGCAGCUGGCUCUAUGGCAUUGUGUUGGUUGGCUGGAGCGGGUGCGGUUCUCUUCUGGGUCCUUGGUGCUACAGUGACAGUCGUAGCACUCCACGCGAGCUUGUUCGAUUCAGAGACGUUACCAGCGAUCGACGACCCCGAACGAUUCCCCAUGGUCGAGCAAGUGUGACACGGCCACCUCCCAUUGUUCCUGCCGCCGCCGCCACCCGGCUAGUUUGCAGGCCCACCGUAAUUAACCCACACGCCCGAUUAACCUUGACGGAACCCGUAUGCAAUGCUACUUGUUAGGUAGUAAUUGCAUUUCUUUUUCUUUGGAUACAAAAUGGUUCAUAUAAUUUCAUCAGAAUAAAAAUUAACUCUUUAUUGCACUAGAAUACACAUAGAGAAAAUCAAUAAAAAAGUGAGACUAAUUGUCUCUUACAAAGGCGGAUUUAUCACAGAAUUUUCUUCCAAUCAAGCAAUUAUUUAUGAGGAUUAAAGUUAAAGUAAAAUUGUUUAAAAAACUAUUGUUACAAUGUUAAAACUAUUAUAUUUUUAAUUAUUUAGUGAACCACCUAUUGAUAUUUUUGAAAUCUGGGGAAGAAUGUAAUUAAGUUGUAAUUUCAUUUCAUAUUUAUAGAAUAUUUCAUGUUGAAUAUCAUGAGGAUUCAUCAGACUUUUUUACGUGGAAUUAGAUGGAAUGGUCCAAGUAUGGGAUGACUGAUCACCCGUCUGGUGCGUUGCAUUGGCGUCCCCAACUAGGAAAUAAUAAUAAUAAAAAUACUUUUAAGAAUGCUAUAUUUAUAAUUCUAAAAAGUUUUAUGUAUAAAAUAAUAUAUCAAGAUUGUUGAGAUUCUGUGUUCCACACACAUAGGAUUUUCGAUAUUUAAAUUAUUGGGUUGAAAAUAAUUGUAUCGCUGUAGCGACGAGGCGUCUUGGACUAAUAUUAUAAAAGUGAAAGUGGAUUUAACAUAUUCUGUUUUCACGUCAAAAAGGACUAUUGGUUUGAAUGUGUUUAGGUGGAUCUCCAUAUCCUGUAUUACUAGAACAUAACAAUCUAUUCCCGAGAUAUUUUAGUCAGUCUUAAUCCUAAUAAUGUUUUAAAUGCUAGGGACAUUAUUUGGAAUAAUAACAAAUGAAUAUCAUCAAUCAAUACCUAAUUAAAACACUAAUAGUAGACCUCGAUAGUAAAGCGAAGUAUUUAAUAAAAUGCGUAACUACCCAGACGUAGGCGAGGGUGGAUAAUAAAGUUCUGUGGUGGAUAGUACGUCGAGGGUGAAAUGUCGCUUUACUGUCGAGGCGCAUCUCUGCUUUUCACUUCGAUUGCGUGGAAAUUGACACCAAUAUUAGAAAUAACAAUGCCUGUUUUUAGACAAUUAAAUUAACAAGCCUAAUUAUUAUUAUUAGACGAAGAUUUUACUUUUUUGCUCUAGACAAUUUUACUUUUGAAACGCUCUUGAGCGUAAAAGAAAUUCACAGAUGAAGUUUUUACUAGAGCUUAAAAUCUAACUUUACGAGCAUGAGAAGUGAAAAAAGUUUUUGUAAAUAUUAGAUCUUGAAACCAUGUAAAAUAUAUAUCACUCAAUCAAUAAGUUAUUUUAUGUGUUGUUUAUGUAAUGUUUAUUGUAAAUAAAGUUUUAAAAUACAUGUCUUUAUUUUGAUAGAAAAAGAAAAGAAGUAAAUAUUUUUGAUGAUGUUUAAUAGAACUUAUAGCUUAUAACAAAUAUAAAAUAAAAGCAACCUUUUAGAAACUGCAUAAUGUUUACACUACUUUCGUUUUGUAUUGUAUUGAUUACAAAAGUUACAACAAAAUAACUUCAUUUUAAAAUUCCUAACAUCUGCCUCUAUAGUAAUUAAAUUACAAUGUUAUUUUAACAUAGCCACAGGCGUUACUUUAUAUAGCAUGUUAGAAUUGUAACUUUCAAUACAACUUGAAAAUAUGUAUGGGACUAAAUGCAUAGUGAUAAUUAAAAUUAUUUAUAUAUGUUAAAAAUCAUAACUAUUUAAACUAUCAUAAGAAACAAGCUAUAUAUAUCUGGAAAAACAUAAUGCAUUUAAUUUUGUCAAGUGUAUUAAGUAGUAAUAAAAAUAGCUCACUAAAUAAGGUCAGUCCAAGACUCCCAGGGGUACAAGCUAUGCAAACUAUUUCCCCAAAUAUAAAUUACUCUUGUCAUAAUAACUAUUUAGUCAUUUACUUCAUAAAAUUGGCAUUUAGUCAACAGUCUUUAAUUUUGUACAAACAAAACAAAUAUUACAUAAUAAAUCUAUAAACAUUUU